AUGAAGAUCUCCAUGGCAGCAGCCGCUCCCCUCCUCCUGGCCCUCGCAGCCACGGCCGGCGCGGUCACGUUCGACGUGACGAACGAGGCGGCGAGCACGGCCGGCGGUCAGCGAUUCGACCGGGAGUACGGCGCCGCCUACGCCAAGCAAGUGCUCUCCGAUGCUUCCUCGUUCACCUGGGGCAUCUUCAACCAGCCGGACCCCUCCGACCGCAGGCCCGCCGAUGGCGACACCGUGACCCUCGCCGUCCGCGACACGGACGGCAUCGCCUCCACCAGCGGCAGCACCAUCCAGCUCAGCGCCCGCUCCGUUGGCGGUAUUACCGGCGACAACCUCAAGGAGCAGGUGGACGGGGUGCUGUACCACGAGGUGGCGCACGUAUGGCAGUGGGGGCUGCAGGAGUACGGCGCGCACUCGGGGAUCUUCGAGGGUAUCGCGGACUACGUGCGGCUCAAGGCCGGGUACGUAGCGGCGAACUGGGUGAAGGAGGGGGGCGGCGACCGGUGGGAUCAGGGGUACGACGUGACGGCCAGGUUCCUGGACUACUGCGACUCGCUCAAGGCCGGGUUCGUGGCGGAGAUGAACGGCAAGCUCAAGGACGGCUACAGCGACGACUACUUCGUGCAGAUACUGGGGAAGAGCGUGGACCAGCUGUGGAACGACUACAAGGCCAAGUACCCCCAGCCCCAGGGCUGA